GGCCUGAGAGCCCCGCAUCUUCAUGCCUUAAACUCUGCAGUUUCACAAAGAGGAGAAAACCCAUCCGGUCGCUGUUACUUAAAGUAAGUACUCUUUCCGUUUGCUCCCGUCAGACCUUCUGUCUUAUCAGCUCCAGUCUCGGUGGGACUGUGUUCCGACCGGGUGCCGAUUCGUGUGGUUGUUAGUCCAUGAGUAAAAACUUUCGCUUGAAACUUCAUAAAGUUUCAACCAAACCGAAUGUGGGUUUACGCUGAUUUUGGUGCGGGAUGGUUGUUCAUUUGCCGUUUUCACUCUUUUUUCGCGUUUCUGGUGGUCUUUUUUAGUGUCAGUUUGGAACAGAAAGGAGACUUAAGACCGAUAAGACAGGGUGACACAGAUAGGGAGGACGAGGGGCGAGGAGGUGGAAACUGUCUUUAUCAGAUUUUUGUGGCAUUUUACUCUCACGGGACUUCGGCAGUUUUUUUGCUGAGCCCGUGGCGACUUUAAUGUCAUCUUUGUAGAAUAAAGUUUUAAACUGAAACAUGUUGACCUCCACUAUAGAGUCCUAUCUUACUGUAUAUCGCGGAGUUUAGUUCUUGUUUAAAGCUCAACGUCUAAAUGACCGUUAUGUGUACAAAGCGGAGUCUGGUAGUACUUCUGUACUCCAUCACUAUAGCAGCUUUUUAAGCAGUUUUUAAGAUUUUGUCAUAAACCCUGGCAUGGUCUUUUUAUUUGUCACUAAUGUCUCCUUGUCUACUGUUAUAUUUCUGAUAUCUGGUCCAAUGUUAGUAAUGUAACGAGAGGCCAGCACAGCACGAGAAAAACCGAUAUGCGUUAAAGUUGUUAAAUAUUGUCAUGACGACGAUACCGAUUAUGUAAGAGUAGAUUUGCCAAUGGCUGACAUGUAAUGCCGAUAUCGCAUUUAAUCUAUUUAUUUUUCUCAAUUUCACUAAUAACAACAAUGUAAUGGUGCUCUCAACUUACUAACAAUUGCUCAGCUAUUCUGACUUGGUGUUAGAUCAAUUAUAAGACACACUUAGUUGUCUGCCUCCACUACAGUCAGUGACCACAUGCCCCCUCUAAGCUUGUUGUUAUCAGGUCAUCUACCAGUUAAAGUAUUACAUAUCAAAACAGUCAGCAAGGGCUGUACAAAAAAUAUUGUCAAAACUUUUUUCUGUUUACAGCCAUGUACAGUUUGUUUUUACGAUCAGACAGGUUCGUUUUUUGGACAACAUGUAACCUACUGACAGAUCUCUGAUUAUGCUAAACAUUGCUAAAAAUGGCUAAAACUGCUGUCAUCACUAAAUGUUACAAUUAUAAAACAUUAGUAAAUGACUAUCUUGGAUUUGAUCUGCUGUUAAUUGGUGAUGGGAAAGAUGAUGGUGAUACCAACCCAAUGAGAACCAAUGUCGUUGUGAUGCAAAUAUCCACCCACCUAUAGUCAUCACCUGGCCAUUGUCCCCCCAUUAUAACGUUAGCAGUUUCCUUGGAUACAUAGUCUAUUGACAAGUUAGAUCCAACAUUUGAUUUAUGGGAGGUGUAGCAGCUUUGCACAGGAAACCAAGCAAUUAGAGCAAAUAAUUGCAGACACGUAAAAAACUAAUAUUAACUAUCCCAUAACAAUAUUUGGUUUAGCAGACAGUAUGCUACUGUCAUAAUGUUGGCAUUGUUUGUCAGCAUCUGUCUCACAAAUAUUAAGAUAAUGUGUGGUAAAGACAGAGUUGGCCAACUUUUCAGACUCCCCCAUCUGUUUUAUGGCAUUUUAAGCUUCUUACUCUUAUAUUUCUAGAUGACAUAUAAAGAGUGUGGUUAUCUUCUUGUACUUUCCAGUGUAUUUGCAGGAUUUCUGAGCCCCCCAAGCCAGACUAUUUCGAUUUUAUUGUACUUGAAACAGAUGAAUCCCUCAGAUUUUCCACUGAAGAUACUUGAGAGACUGUUUACAGUGUGGCCUCUCCCUAUAGACAGACCAAGCCAGUUCAGAGGGCUCCACUGGGAGCUUCGAGCUUGUGCAGGUUACCAGCUCACCAGACUUGUGUCUGUGAACACAUUGAAUUGUACCAAAGCGAAUAACCCCUAGUGUUUGCUUUAGACUCUGCCUGGUCUUUUUUCACAGCAAUAUUAACGGUAGUCCAGCAAAUAAUGUUCGUUAUUUUUUAGAUGUGACAUGGGAUCUGGGAUCUGUUAAGCUCCUGACACACAAACUGUGCUAACAGAUACUUGUUUAACAUCUUCUUUGUAAUUGGUCUGAGUGGUCUUUGACCUCAACUCAUAAAGUCAAGUUGUCUGUACCUGAAAUAAUUUGGUUUCUGCUAAGCUAGCCCGUUCAACCUAGUCCAAACUAACACUUUUACAGUUGGCUUUUACUGCUAAACAACAAGUUACUACAAAUUAUUUGUCAACUGUGCUUCUUUACAUCCAGGUAUUAAAGCAUAAUGGCAUAUUUAAAGCAUAAUUAAGCAGCUGGUAAUUGCCAACCAUCAGACUUGUGCGUGCAGCUGUAGAGCUUGAGAGACAACACAGCCCACAAACCGCACUCUAGAAAUGUAAAAUAAUUAAUUUAACCGUAAAACCUCAGCAGAUUGAAUUGUCUUGUAUGUCCAUUUAUUUAUUUGUUGUUUAUUUGAUGGAUUUUUCAAGUUUGGUAGCUAAAAUGAUAAUUUCCUGGCUUUUGGUCCAUGGUGUUCCCUUGUGGAGACUGUAUUAAACUUAAACUGAUUUCCAAGUCCUUUAGUGUUCUUGUGCAGCACAGAAAUGUUUAGUUUGUCAUCCUGUCUUUUGUUGCUGCUUUUUGUUACGUUUAUAUUACUGCAAAGUGUGUGUCGGGUUGCAUUAUAAUCUUGUCGUGUUUGAUGUGUGUUUGUGACGACUGAAACCAGAUACUGAGGGGCUUAACUUAAUUAAAGAUGGACAGGUUGUGUGGUCUGCGAGACAAACCUCCUCCUCACUGUUUAGGCGGAUGUAAUUAUAGAGGCCUGAUUCUAAAUUGGCACAAACAGAAACAGAUUGUUAAAGACCCGUCUCUCUCUCUAUCUGUCUGUCUGUCUUUAUGUUCCUGUGAAGGCUGUUUGUUUGUUUGUUUAGCUAAGAAUUAAAAACUUCUGAAAAAUCUCUUCAAUAUGUGACACAGUUCAUACUGUGAGUCCUGAAUCAUGGAAGUAAAAUGCUCACAAAAAGAGCAAAUAAGUCAGGAGGAGCUGCAGAGAUCCCCCUCCUCCACGACAGACAGGGAGUAGGUGUAGCCUCCAUAUGGACAGUCCAAAUCGAGCAGUACAAACAUAUAAUAUUGAGUUACAGGGCUGAGGUGGCUGCCUGUCUGGAACGUCUGUGACUCUGUAUUUUACCAGGAAGUGAGUGUACGCCUCAGCAGCGUUAUUUUUUUAACAGCUGUUGUUGAAGUCACUCUGCUUAACUACCGUGUGUGUGUGUGUGUGUGUGUGUGUGUGUGUGUGUGUGUGUGUGUGUGUGUGUGUGUGUGUGUGUGUGUGUCUAAGUUUUCCUACUCUAUGUCAACACUUUUUCCAUCCUGUUUGUGCUCAGGGACACCUAAUAGAAAUAACACUGUCCAGUCACUGCUGUACUCCUGGAAAAUAAUGUGUUCAUGUAAGUCUGAAAACUAAACCACAUUUUCUUUCAACAAAAUUCAAGUUUUUGGGACUGUGCUUAAUUUUGGUGACAGUACUCGGUAAAUAAAAUCCCAGAUUUCCCAGUAACGUAUUUUUACACUGUCUUAAAAAUUGAAGGUAUCACCGCUCAGAUUUUAUCAAAAGCUGCAGAUCUAACUAACCAUUCAGCCUUUUUAAGAUUUCAUAUAUGUAUGAGUAUGAGUAGCCUGCUCUCCUCUGUCCAUCCGUGGCUUCCUGAUAGUCUAAAGAUUCAGCAGUCCACCAGUAAUCUUAGCAAGAACUGCAACUUCUUUUUUCUCCCAGAUGUUGGCCUUUAUCUGAGCUGCUAAUGAGGAAAUGAAAAUGAGAGCUUUUAAAGAGAAGGGUGUGCGUCAUUCAAAUAGGGCUGCACGAUUUUGGUCAAAAGUAGAAUACCGAUUCUUAUCUCUGAAAACUCGAUUUUUUUAUUCAGUGACAACUUCACCAAACUUCACUUUAAAAAUAAAAAGGUUUCUGUCAUCUGUCAAAACGAAACCACUGAAAACGAUGUAGUGCAUAUGCCAAGCCAGUAAGUGGUGCUAUAACGCUGCCCAGGAAAUGCACAAAAGACAGAAGAAGAGUACAGAGCAUGUGUUUAAAGGUUGUUUUGGCCGGACACACGCCGGCGCCAUCAAAGAGUUACGCUGUUUGUCACAUAAUCGUUUCAAGAGAGACACAGAUAGGCAUCCACACAGAGAUGAUAGUAGUCAUUUACAGAUUUAUGCACUCUUGUACCCGUUUUCAAAAGGUACUGGAGGCGGGAGACAUGAUAGAAUGGAAAAUGGAUUUGACGAUUAUAAUUUUUUUAACAUCGUCAUAAUUAAAUAAUCUGAUUGCAAUUUAAAAUCGAUUAAUCAUGCAGCCCUACAUUCAAAUAAAGGAUAGACUCAAUUAUCAUAAAUUCACAACAGUUAGGGGCCUCAAUGGCUAUUGAAAUUUUAUUUAGAUUCAUCAGCCGUCUUAUAAUUUUAGAGCUCAUAUUUGUUAAUAGUUACUUCUCAAGAGCAGACCAUUGCUAUGAGGAACAGUCUGUUGCUGUUGGUACAGAAACUCUUGUUGACUAACUGCAGUGCACGGCAGAGGUUAAAGAUGACAUGAUUUUAGGGAUGUAACGAUAUGAAUAUUUAACAUAAUGAUUAUUGUGGCCAAAAUUACCACGGUUAUCAAUUAUCACGGAAUUGAAAUAUGUUCAAAAUGUUUAAAAAGUACUUAUACUCGCCCUGAAAUCAUUUAACACAGUUUUAUUUAAAAAAAAAAUAAUAAUCAAAAUAACAUGCAGAAUGAACUUUUCCUUAACCUUAAAUAAGAGAGGAACGAUAAGCUUACAAAAUUAAAGAUGGGGCCUUAAAAGAGCCAGAGGUAAUCAACACUAUUACUAGUAAUAACAAAGUACAAAGUAAUGUGCCAGAGACAUAAACAUUAACAUAAUAACAAAUAAAUAACAUUUAAAUAAAAUGACAUUCCUUAUUGUGCAAAUUGUCAGAAUCUUCAGUGCUCAAAAAGAUCUACUCUUACAAAUAUAAAACAGAGCAACACUACUAUAUGAAACAACCACAUGUAAACAAAUGUGUAGUGCAGGUGUUUAAAAUAACAUACAAUAUGUAAACAAAUCAAAUGAACCACACCUAUUGUCCGUUUCCUCCACCAUAAGGUGCUGCUGCUGACUUUGUUCACUACUUCAGAUUGAAAUGUAGGAAUAUCAGCAUAUUUACUUUCCUGGUUUGAGUAGUGAUCUGCGAGGGGAAACGAUGUGCCCGCUGGCGAUGAAUAGCCUGUUGGAUGGCACGCUGGUUGCUGGGAUGUACAAAAGCUUCCUGGCAACCCUCGCAACCCUUUGUAGAAGCCGAAAUACGCCCAGACGUCGGACUUUGUUUUCUUUGACGGCAGAAAAAUCUGCAACACGGUCGGCAGAACUGCCCGAAAAACUGUAUACUCCGCAAUGCGCAUGUGCGUGGCGUGCCUGUGUCCGAAGGACUGCUGCGUGCGGAUGCUCUUCUCAGCACUGAGCAGUCUGUGAGCUUUUCCAGAGUGCAGCAAACAAACACUGUUUUAAUGGUAAUUAAAAUUUGUAGUACUAACUGUCAGACAUUUUACCGGUAAUCGUUACAUCCCUACAUGAUUUACAGCUCAAAGAAUCUUAGCUCAUCUCUGGCUGGUGUCUUUAAAACCCACACUGAUGCAUCUGUCUGAAACACUCUGAAUUACCUGCUGUCUUGUUCUUGUUGCUAUGCUCUCUACAUAAAGCGUUUUUUUCCGGGUCUGAACUGAUACCACAUGUUGUAUCUCUAAGAAGUGGCAGUGCUGUGUUCCUCGCUGUCUGAGGGCCCUAAAAACUUUUUCAUCUAUGCUUAAACUAAUACUCUCAUUACUGCAGCUUGUGUCUGAGUUGUACAAACACAUUUUUUACCAAAUCAAACUUCUGUCACAGUCACUGCAAAAGUACAUCUUUGUAUGCCCAUUUAAACAUACCACCUGUGACCCUUUAAACACUGAUAUGCAAUUGGUUGUGUGUUUAAGGCGUGUGUAAUCAGUAGAGUGACAUCCCUACAACAUAAAAUAGCCUGGACCUCUGUCAUCUGUCACACAUACUUAAGACCAAGUCUGAGCACAAGUGGUGAGUACGGCUGGUCUCUGAUUUACACCUCUGUCUGCUAAUUUACUCUUACUUUUGACCUUGAUAAAUUCUCACUUUCAUUAGGUGAGCAGAUAGACAGAAAUUAACUUGUCUAAAUUUUCUCUGUAAAAAGUUGUUUUUGUUACCUGAAUCUAUUUUGUGCACUUUCACUUAAACUUAGCUUUAUUAAUCCAGCUCAGUCUUUCUGAAUAUGGUCAUUUUAGUUUAUAAACAUGCUUCACAGUUUUAUUUCUGCACGCCUUAACAGGAAGUUGCAUAAUUUGAGCUUCAAUGUGAUGCAAAGGGUUUUGCUGCAAUAGAAGUUGGUCUGUGUGGUAAUUUUUGUGUUAACCUACUCCAAGUCGUCAUGGAAAACCUUUGUACCACUUUGACAUCUGCAACACGGCCUUUAAGUAUCUAAUCAGGUCAUUUUAUCUGUCUUCAUUCUUGUACUGACAUUUUUCAAAUGGGAGUUGCCUUAAUGAGAAAUAAGGCGUAGCUGUUUUUCUUUUGCUCACUCUAAAGAGGAACUGAAGUUUUCCAGUUUUCUCACAGCUCAGCUGUAGUUCAGAUUGACAUUUGAAAAAAGAAAAAAAAACAGGCUGCAUGUUCAUGUUAGUGUUUACUGGUGCACAGGCAGUAACUUCAGUUUGAUUUCAUUGUGCGUGUCUUUGUUCCUCUAACUGUACACUUUUCUGUAGCUGCUCUGCUUUUGAAGACAUGUCCAGGUUAAAGCAGAGUUAAACUUUGACCCGUCAGAGAAAUAUUCUCUGUACAGACCUUUUUUUUCUAAUGCAAACACACAGAUUAGUGUGGACCUCCACCUGUGACAGCUGUUUAAAUAAAGACGCCCUGCUUUCUUAUGAAGUUUAAGUAAACAGAACUUUUUUUUAUUGACUUUUACCCAGAAAUGUCACAUUUUCUAUAGUUUGUAGAACAAGCUGCCUAAUGAAAACGUGAGGUUAAAUCAAGUGGACAAAUAUAGACUUUUCCACUUUAUAUGGGCUCCAUAUGUUCAGCGAUAUGUGGUGCGACUGAAUCAAUAAUAGCUUCCUGCUGUGUCCUUCCACCGUUUCUUAUCACAUACAGUGCAGCAGGGAAAUACCCCCAGUAAUGUUGGCUGAUUCUUAGCGGUUGCUCUCAGGCUGUAGUGGUCUGUGCAUCUCAAAAUAUGACUCAGUUGCCGCAACUGAGUGAAGAUCAAAAACGUAACAGUGGGUUGUUGUUGAUCGUUUCUCAGAGGAAGUAGCAGAGGGGAAGGAGGUUGCGUUGUGUAGUGAACAAUGCCAUGUGCAGGCGUGCAUGCAUGAGUGUGUGUGUGUGGAGCUGCAACGUACAAUGGCAGAACUCUGACAAUGCUCUGUUGCAGAACAUUAAGAUAUAAAAGUCCUUCAGCUUGCUUGUCUUUAUAAGAAAUCAAAAGUACAAACUAAGUGAUGAAACAGCUCAAUCCUCGGCUGAUCUCUGGAUCUGCAUACUUGAUUCUUAAUGUUGACUGGUAAUGGUUUGAAACAGCUGAUGCCAAAUAAUGAGGGAGCAGGUUGGCUAAUGGAUGCUGCCCUCUUUUUCACUUGAUAAAACACAACAAUUAAACAAUUCUAUAAAAUAAGGAAUAUUAUUUAGUCCAGAUGAAAAUUUUCUCAAAUAAAUGAAUAAAACAUUAGCUCUCAGUCCAGGCACCUAAAAACAGGAAAAAGACAAGGAAAAAAAGCAAUAGAAAGUCAGACCCUGGGCCUUUCAUUAGUCAGGACACAUUACGGUCUAUUAUAAACAGUUACACCGAACAGGAAGUGCUGUGGCUUCGUCGUUUGGCAUGGGCAGAGCGUGCUAUCAUUUAGAAAAAAUUAUGAGUGGAUAGGAAAAGCAUGAGGAGCAAAAUCUUGCAAAUACAGACACAGCUACACACUUCCUGUUCGGUGUCUUUGGCCGGACCAGCCCUGUUUUUGAAGGUAUUAAAAAAGAAAAUUACCGUCUAUCUGUUGAUGUCAAAGUAACAUGUUAGGUAUUGAUUCUGCUAGAUUUUCACUUGUCUUGUACCAAAUUUGUAAAUUCCGGUACGUUGACAACUUUGCAAUCGAGCACAGAGCAAGAAUGAUUCUUCAGUGUCGGUGUAACUGUCUGAUAUUCUCAUCUCCUUAAACACAUCAGUACAGUAACUUCACUUUAAGCUCCCUCCAGCUCUGCAGCAGUCUGUUCGAGGACUGACUCCGUUCUUCCUCUGUGGCGUCUGUCGGUAUUUUCCAGCCUGUCUCUGCGCUUCAGCAGCAGAGCAGCUGGUUUCCAUUUUUGUGUCAACACAGAGGUCAGAGGUCGCAGAAGGAGAGUGUGAGGAAGAAGGCCAUGGCUUGGUUUUACUCUGCCAAAGGAAACCAUGUGACCUUUGACACUGUAACACCCCACCGCUACCUCAACAGCCCCCAAGGCCUAAAAUAAACAUCCAGAUAACAAAUGCUGAGCCUGAGCUGAUUGUCAUUAACCCUUCACUGUCCUAAAAGUGUCUUACUCAGAUUUACAUCACUGCCUCAUCCCUCGUGUCUCUUAUUAUACGAUAUUAAAACAAGUAUGCUUUAAUGGAGAAUUCUCUGCCAGAUUGUGAAAUUAGGAGAGUUAAUUUUAAAGCACAAUCAGCAAUGAAAUAAUGGUCAAUCAGUCAACAAACCCUUAGGCCUAAACUCUUAGACUUUCUCUGUUACCUGCAAAAACAGAAGUAAAGACACCGUUUGAGCUUGAUAGCUGAUAUAGAGGUAUAUUUAGAUGGAUCAACAGUGGAUGACAAUUUUACUUGAAGAAAAUAAGAAGAAUGCUAAAAUGGUCAGUGAAGACACUUUGUUGAGCCGCCCAGGUAUCAUCUUUUGUUAUUGAACAAACAUGUUUUAUUUUACAUAAAGCGCUUCUUAAAUAAAAAGAAGUCUGUUCAAUUAAUUCUGAAGGAGCGCUCACAGAAAACUAUAUUUUCCACUUUAUAGAUACUCUAAAUUAUAACUGAUUCAUUUCCUUCAAUAUUAAAGUACCUUGAACAUAACUCGAUAGUCAUUUAAUUAUUUACCGUUAACAUCUGCCAUUAUCUAUAUUUUUGUGUCAUUUGUUUAUUUGUGUUGUCAUUAAAAUGAAAAAGGAUUUUUUAUUUUAGUUAGAGUUCAGAAAUAAAUUCAACCAUUAUCAGCAGAACACGCGUCCAGAGGAGGAGUACUUUAAUUUAUAAACUGGCAUUAAUUUAUCCCAGUUUAUACACUAAACAGCCUGUAAACCAACAGGAAAGGUUGUUGCUCUGUUUGGUUGGCAUAUGAUGUAAGCAGAGGAAUACAUGUCGACAUGUUACUGCACCACGUUCGAGCUGACAGAGGAAAAUAAGAGAUAAGAUAAGAUACUCCUUUAUCAGUCCCACAAGAGGAAAUUCCACUGCUCAGCUUUCGUUUUCAGACAUCAAACUUUGAAAUUACUUUGUUCUUGAACCCCUACCUUAAAAAGUGAGCUCCUUGAAAAAGAAAAUACAACAGCCUUUCUGAUGAGCUUGUUAUGUUAAAGGGAGUUGAAACAAAAGAAUUAUCCUCUUAGCUCCAAUUAAAGUUCAUUUUUGUAGUAAAUAGUUCGAGACAAGACUCUCUUUGUGCAGGUUUUCAGCCUGCAAUGAUGAUAUUCCAGAGACAAGCUCACAAAACAAAAACUGUAGUGAUUAAAUUGAAGCCAAAACAAGGUCCUUUUGACUUCUGAUUCAAACCCUAUUAGGUCCAAAUAAAGCUAUGAGAAAUAUUUAGGAAGUUGUGACCAACAACAUGGUUAAGUUGUCGAUUUUCUCCCAUUAAUCCACAAGUUCUUUGGCUGUUAUGGUGUUGCAUAAUGUUGAUCAUUGUUACUCAAAGCCAAAAAAGUCACGAUAAGAGCACUUACUUACAUCAGAAGUCUUCAUAUGUGUGGUAUGAGUAUGUGAAUGACAUUGUGGAUCAGAUUGUGAAUUUGAGUAGAGAUUAUAUCAUGCAGGGCAGGUAGGGAUCCGUCUGCAGAGUCCUGGUGAUUAGGGCUACUGUUACGAAUUCAAGAUCAAGAUUGAAGAUUAAGUCGGUUUAUUGUCAUUCCAGAGCACGUCUGUACACGAGCAAACUCUGAUUGCAAAUAAGCAAUUAGCUGGUGAGAUCCUUGGUCUUCCACCUUGGAGAAAGAUGAAGGCAGGUAGAGCAGCAGCAAAAAAACCAAGACAGAGCCAACAUCAGUGGUGAUGCUGUGCAGGCACAAGCGGAGGGAGGAGAGGAGAGAGGAGGAAGCAUGUGUGUGUCUGAAAAGCCAAGGGACAGAAGGAGCACGACAAAAGAGAGAGAGAGAGAGAGAGGCUAACAAGCUAAAAAAGUGAGAGACAUCCUUUUGAAUCAUUAUCCCAAGUCUUGAUGAUGUGUAGGACAAGCACUUAAAAAGACUGAUUUGUUCGAUCUGUAGCCUGUGAUAAAAUGUAAGAGCUGCAAUCCUUUGGAUCGUUGGUGACACAGUGUAAAAAUGCUUCACUACAAGUAAAAUCUGGUAUUUAAUUUCGUGAGUAUUAUCACCAAAGUUAAGUUAAAGCAAUUGAGGUGGAUUGAUGCAUGGUCCAGUUCAGUAGUAGUGUAUAUGAAUGAAAAUAAAUGUAUAUCAUCCAUUCUUUGGUAAACAAAAAAGGGGAACUAAACAGUUUCAUUUUUGUGCUUUUUAAAUGAGAGUUUUAAGUUUUAUCUUACAGUCUGAAUAGUUCCUGGAAUCAUUUGUGGCUCCCUUGAUCCUCAAAAAGUCUUCAGUCCUAAAUUAGAUCUUGAAUUAUUAAGGUAAAAGGUAAAAAAUUUUACUGACACUGUGGGAGGUUUUAAAUUUUGGAUAGGAGUUUUCUGAGCCACACCAGAGUACCUGAUCAAACUUGCACCAUUCAGAAAGUGUUGCAUAAACUGUUCUUGUUCUUUUAUUUGCUUGUUCACGAUUCACAGCAGCUUGUUAUUAACACCAGCAAAAACCACAAACAGUGGAGAGGAGGGGGAGAAACUGAGAACAUGUAAGAAUGAGGAAGUUUAAUAGCUUUUAAUAAUAUUUAACUUUUAUUGAUCCAUGUUUCCCUGUUUUGUAUGAACUUUGAGACACAGACCAAACACCACCUGAGUUUGCUCUGAGAUAAAACUUUUUGUACUGAAGCAAUUUACAUAGUCAGCAUCCCACAACAUGCUAAUCCAGAAGCUUAGCCUCCUGUCAGGAACUCUCCUCAGAGUUUCUCCUCUUCUGCUCUGGGUGGAUGUAAAUAAUUUGGAUGUGUCAACACGUUCGUCAGUAUCUGUCCUGACUCGCCUCUCUUUGUCACGUUUCCCAAGCUCUAUGUGGUGGGGUUUGCUUUGAUUCACCCAAAAGCUAAAGUGGUUUUGAGACAAGAUCCAGACAGGAAAUACAGGACAUUUUUGUCUUCAUUUCUGUGGUUGAGUGAAUAUUUUUGUAAGUAAAUGUUGGCUCUGUCAGUCAGCUGGACAUUCAGAACGGUCCCUGCUGAGGCAAAACCCGUAAUGAUAACCAAAGGGAGUUAAAGUCAAGAUUAAGGUCCAGUUACUCAGACUGGCUGCACGAGGAGACAAGUGACAGAAUAUGAACAGACCCAAGCACUGGUGAUUCUUUAUUUUUUUUUGUUUGUUUGUUUGUGUGUGUGUGUGUGUGUGUGUGCGUGCGUGCGUGCCUGCGUGCGUGCAUGCGUGUGUGUGUGUGUGUGCGCGCGCUUAAAUAACUGACUUUGUGGGGACAACUAUUGUACUCGAGGACAUCUUGGUCCAAACAUUCCCAUCCGGAGUAGAUCAGAUUCAGGUUGAAUGACAGUCCACAAACAAACAAACAAACAAACAAACAGAAAAACACUUUUUUUCCCUGUAGUUAUUCCUAAACAUCUGUAACUCUGCACAUUCAGUCCACCUGCAUGAGGGUUAGGUGACGAUUACAGGCUCAAUAACUAUUGGUCUGAAUGGCGCUUUGUUGCAAAUGUUGGAGUCUUUAGUUAAUAAUCAGCUCAAAACAUUCCUCUGUGAGUCCAAACCGGUCUGAUUUCAGGGCCCUGAACCAGCACGUCUGCUGCUGUUAUAACUGUAAAUAUUGUUGUUUCUAACGUCAACCAAAAGCAAAUACUAUAUUUCAGUCUGGUUUGAUGUAGCGUUUAGAUUCUUAUCAUUUUAUCAACUCUUAAAUGGUGUUUAUUGUUACAUCCUUACUGACAAGGAUUAAAUAUUAACUUCUACUUUCAGAUUAGAGUUAAACACUUUUAAGCGUUUAGAUUCUUAUCAUUUUAUCAACUCUUAAAUGGUGUUUAUUGUUACAUCCUUACUGACAAGGACUAAAUAUUAAUUUCUGCUUUCAGAUAAGAGAUAAACACUUUUUAGCACAGUUUUGAAUACAGUGCAAUACAAACACUUUAUUUAUUCCCAAACGGUAAUUCAUUUGUCUGGAAUCUCAGGAAAAAUUUUCCCUGGAAGGGUAAACUGUGGAAAUCCAGUCAGAUCAGAGAAGAGGGUGACAUAGUAUUAUAAGGUGCCUCAGGAGGUUGAGUCUGUAUCCUAGCAACAGUAUCAUGGAAGAUACAUGUACACAAGUAUGAUAUGACUGAACUCCCUUGGAACAGAUUAUGGCCGAAGAGCAGCUGCCAACAGUUCAAUAUCUAGACAACACUUCCUUGUUAUGAGUGAAGAGUUAGACCGUCUUUAGUUAACAAAGCCAGACCUCCUCCUUACUUCUUGCAACUAGCUUUAGCAUCUCCGUCUGACCUUAUGAGAGACCUUAACAUGGAGUAUUGAGUGUUUGUAUUUGUGGGCUGAAUGAAUUCCAACCAACAAAAAGCAAAAAUAAUCAGUUACACAACAGAGUAGUGAGGAAACAAACACAUUCAAGUCAGCUGAUUACACACACACAUUCAGUGAGAAAGGAAGAGACAGCAGGCGCGAGAGAGAGAGAGAGAGAGAGCUGAAACAGGAGAAGUUGAACUGUGUCCAGGACUGAUUGGUAUUCAGAGACGGAGUCGGUCUGCUGGGAGACAUUCCUGCAUCAGGAGAGGGGAGGUGUGGAGGAAGAGGAAGAGGGAGAAGGAAGAGGGUGAGUCCAUUCAGGAGCAGGAGCAGACUUGGGACCUCCCCGUCCCUCUCUCUUUCUUUUCCUUUGUUUUUGAGUAGGAGGUCAGUGUGUAUCGGAGGGUGGAGCGUUAAUGUUAGACAUAAAAAAAAACCUCAACGUAUGUAUAACACCAGAUGUUCUUUGUUGAACCUCAGCUCUGUUUGUGGAGGUUUCCUGUUUCACAAAGAAGUGAAAGAGAGAAAAUAAACCACAGUGAUCUCUUCUAUGCCCUUCCUGUAAACUCUGUGUGACAUGGCCAAGCAGCUUGUCUUAAAUGUAUUGUCCACUAAAAAAAUUAAAAUAGACUUUUAUGAAAUUUUUAAUACAUUUAAGCUGAAUCUUAGGAACCAGAGAGAUAUUUUAUUGCAUUACAGUAUUUUACCCAAAAGAUGGUGCUCCAGGAAGAAGGCUUCAGUGAUGGUGAGGUAUACGAGUGUAGCCUCACGUUUAAAGAAGACAGUUGUAUAUAAAGAAGUAAAUAAAUCUUUGUGGUUUAUUUACAGAGUCCUGGUUUGAUUGAAAAGAAUCUUAAAUGCAUGUGACCAGCAGAGAAAGUUGGCACUGGUCUUGCUGAACAAGUCGCCAGCUGUGGGUCUAUCUGUAGUCCAGUCUAGACUGAGCUCAGCUACCCCACAAGAGGAGCUACAAGAGAUGCUUUACCUCAAAGGUGGAGGACUCAAUUCGGUCCACAGUGAAGCUCAGUCCUAGGACAUCUGUCAGUCUGUUGUAAAAGUCACAGCAGCCACAACAUGAUAAGAUCACCUUUUAUCGUAUCCUGGACUUGGCUUUACUGCUCUGCCGAGGCGUUGUCUGUACUGUAGCGUUGAGAUGGCUGGAGAUACCACAGAUCCAGAAGAAUAUAAAAAUCCCCUUUCUGAACCUUAUUGAAUUUUUUUCUUCUGACCCAGGUGUAAACACAUGUCCUGUCUCCACCAAUCAUAAAGCAGCGUGGGCCAUCGCACAGGAAGUAACUUACUUCCACUUAUGGAAGUGGAGCUGAGAGGAGACAUGACAGAACAGAAGAAAGCGUUCGAGAGAUGACACCGUCCAAAGAUGCUGACAUAGCAGGCCUAUCAGUUGAUUGACAGCUCUCAUCUAUACGUCCUCCCUCCCGACUCCGCCCACUCAUCCUCCAUCUAGCCAUGUUAUUAAAGAGGAAGCUGUGCGUCAUCUUGGUGAUUGCCGUUGUCCUCUUUCUCAUGCUAGCCAGUCAGAGCAUCCAGAAGAAACAUAUUCUGCCGCAUUUUUCGGCCCUGCCCAUCAGUAAGGCCACACCCACAGGUGAGGAGACAGGUGAGGAAGAAAUUUUAGACUCAAAACCAAAGAUCCGGGAAAAUUUUAGAAACAGAAGAUGGGACAAAAUGACAAUGAGGGGUUUAUGAGAUCAAAAACACUGAUGAUGUCUGAAUCUUAUGUUGACUUCUCUUUACAAAGAAAAGCAGGUCGUCCAAUCAUCCUGUCUAACCUGUAAAAUCUGCUGUCUCAAUUUGCUUAAAUUUGUAUGUUUGCAAAUACUGCAUGAAAUGAGCUGCUGUCAACAGAUAAUCAGCUGUGUGAAGGAACUCAACUUGACCAAAAGUCAUGAGCAUGUUCAUACAUGUGUCAGCUUUGCACCUUCACUCUUUAAUGCUCCUCAGGUAGGAGUGGUAAUGAUUCAUGCAUUCACCAAUGCUGGAUAUAAUCAGUUUAAUGUGAGUAAAAACAAAGUUUCCUCCCAUCACUACAGAUGAAGCUCUAACUGUAAAAGCAGGAAAAAAAACUUUUAAAAACAAUAAAAACACGUUCACAGAUUCAAACUGUGGGCGUGGAAUGAUUGAUUUGUGAUGAUCCAUCCAGUCAAUGUGAGUUUACAAAGAUGUACUCUCCCUGACGACUCACCCAUACAUAACUCAUCACCCUCAGGUGGUUUAAUCAUCUCAUAGCAUGUCUGUACAGCUCCCAUGAUGCAGUGCUCUCAGACUCUUGCUUUGUUCUUGUUUGCAGUUGUUCAACCGUCAGAACCUCCUUCUAAUGUGACCCCUGACCCUCUCAGGACAUCCUUUCCUCCUAACACCCCCAAUCCCGAAGCAGAGAAGGAGUCUGUAGAGGAGUCCCAGAGCCAUGAGAGGUAAACAGAGACUCCAAAGGCAUGAACUACUGUACACUGGAAGCCAAUCAGCUCCCAUUGUCUCUUUCUGAAUUUACUGUGCUGUCUCUCAGCAGGUCGUGUGGUUGUAGUUCCUGUAUCUCAGACCUGCAGGGUUCUGAUUGGUUCAGCCAACACUACGACCCCAAACAGCAACCCAUCCUCCGAGAGAGCAACAAUAACUUUGAUCCUGAGGCAAUCAAAUGGUGGCUGGUAAGGACAAAAAGCACAAACACUGCAGUUCCUUUUAAAGUUAGAGGAGUCACUGAAAAUGAUAUACAAGGUGAUAAUCUCUAGUUGUCAUGGAUUACUAUAACCAUCAUAUUGAGGGUCAAGAGCAGGCUAAUUUUUUUUUUUCUUUAUUGAUAAUUUUUCAAAUAUAGAAUCACAGACACCAGUAAUGUGAUCAUGGCAUUAUCAUCUCCAUCAGGAGAAAAACAUCAGGAUUUGCAAAUGAUUCGCAGAGAUUAAAAUGAAAACGAGAGAAGAAAAAAGCUAAAAAGCAAACUAUACAAACUCUUACAAUAGAAAAAUAAAAACAACAUAAAAAACGUCAGAUAGCUUUGCAACAGCGUAACUUUGCACCCUUCAAAAUAAAAGUCCCUCUUUAAGAUAUAUUCAAGUUAUGUCAUACAGUUUAGAUCGCAACUGGAACCACUUUUGGAUUAAACCAUCAUGUGCCUCAGUCCUGCUACUUUUAAUUUUUAACCAAAUUAGUGCUAGAAACUUUACACCCAUAGUUAAGAAAAUCACCCAAACACCAGGGAAAUAAAUGUCAGUGAACUUGAUUAUCAGGUGAUCUUCUUUCCUUCUGUAACUACUGAACUGUGAUGCAGCGACCAAGUCUGACUCUGCAUAGAAAGUGAAACCAGGCUGCAGACUGGAAGUGAUCUGACAUCUCUGAAUUUAUGUGAGAGCUGUUAAACCAGCCAAAUCCCAGCAUACAAGAUUAUUACGAAAGAUCAAGGAGAAAGAAACCAGUAUAACAGGUGUUUUUGUCCAAAUUCAGGACUGUUCAUGAAAACCUGUUCAUCAGGAGAAAUCAUAAUAAGGAGAAAUGUGUGUCUUCUGUUUAAGCUGUCAGCAGUCUGGAGGAAAAGACAAUCGUUUGAGUAUUUUUCCUGCAUUUAUAGAUUAAGUCCUGCUGCAGAAACCAUUAGCAGAUUAAAGAGGGCUCCGUGUGUGUGUGUGUGUGUGUGUGUGUGUGUGUGUGUGUGUGUGUGUGUGUGUGUGUGUGUGUGUGUGUGUGUGUGUGUGUGUGUGUGUGUGUGUGUCAGGAGAGAACAAAUACUGCUAACAUCAUCAGUCUAAUCCGCAGCCUACAGUGUGUGUAUAUUUAUUCUGUGUGCUGUAUGCUGUGGUUAUACAAAGCAUAAAACAAAUGUGACUAUUCACAGACGAUUCCGAGAAUAAACUUCCUCUUUUGUUGUGUUUUUUUUUAACACGUUGCUGGCAUUGUUUCUGAAACAAAGCAGAAAGGACUGUGUUGAAAAAAGAUUUUUUCUUCUUCUUCUUCUCUUCGUCUCAGGGUCUCCAGCACUCAGGAAAUGACCAGACUCUUGAUGGAGUGAUAGCAAAGAUGUUCCAGGUCAUCACCCCGCCCACUGCAGACUUCAGACCUCUCCCCUCUCGCUGCCGAAAAUGCGCCGUGGUUGGCAACUCUGGCAACCUGCGGCAGUCGGGACACGGCAACCUGAUUAACUCCAUGGAUUUCAUAUUUAGGUAAGUCGUCUGUACCGACUCGAGGGAUCUCUGCUGUUUACCCAGGAAGUUUAAAGAGCUGAAUGAGACAUCCAUCUGUACGUACAGGUACAUACGGGUAAAGGUUUAUCACCUGUCUCCCCUCACAGGAUGAACAAAGCAGUGACCCGAGGGUUUGAGAAGGAUGUUGGGAAUCGUACCACUUAUCACUUCCUGUACCCAGAGAGUGCGGUGGACAUGGAGCGCGGCGUCAGCCUCGUUCUGCUGCCGUUCAAACUGAGGGACCUGGAGUGGAUAACCAGCGCGCUGUCCACAGGAGAAGUUAAGAUGUAAGACAAGCAGAAAGCAGACAGUCUCAAGUAAAUCAGUCACUCUGAUCCACUGGUUCAUUAAUGCCAUGGGUUACAUUACUGCUGCUUUCACUUUCAUGUGCAGUAUAUUCUAACAAGCACACUGCUGUUAUUACCUUGCUUCGUCAUAGUAAAUAUAAGUUAUUACAUUGAUCAUCUGAUGUGAUAUACUUUAAAUUACCUCUCAUUAUCACGGUUGGUAUUACUGUCAAUGUAGAUACAUCACUGUUCACGUCACAAAGCAAACAAAACCGUAACUUGAUUGUCAUUUUUUGUGAUGAUCGAGUGAAAAAAAAAUGCUUCUCGGAUUCCUGCCGACCCCACCUUUAAGUCAGUACCCUCUGCAAACAGCAGAUAUACAUAGUACCUCACGUUGUGAUAUGUUUAACUGUGCUGUUAAAUAUUAGAUAAAUAGGAUUAGAUUAAAACUAUGGAAGAAACUGAUCUGAAGCUGCUGCCAGGUCUGAUAAUCCUAAAGGUUCAAUUGUAUGCCAAUAAACCAAUAACAUACCUGUUAUGAUAAAACCCCUCGGGGUUGUCUAAGUGUUGGCAAAAACGAGAUACGUUUACCUCACCUGUGGAUUUAAUUCAUACCUACUGUAAGUUUUGUCCAUACCUAAUGAACCCAGAUGAUUGUUUAAAAGCUUUCUACUUUGUUUUUCUCUGCGUGUUUUCAGGACCUACAUGAGAGUCAAAGAGAGAGUGGAGGCUGACAAAGACAAGGUAAAACAAACACGUCAUCGUAUUUCUGUUUACACUCUGCUGUUGGUGCUGCAAUCAGAUCACAAUCACUGCUCUGUUUGUUUUGCUGUGUUUUCUUUGUUGAGGGAGUUUUGUUUUCAGUCCUGGUUUAAAGUUAGAUUUUUUCAGUAUGUAAAUUUAUUUUUUUUGGCAUGUUGAUGUAUAAUUUGACGAAUUACUGUGAGUAGAUAAAAUAGUGUAACACUCUCAGAGGAGAGAAAUUUACAAAAAUUCAAAAACUCUCUUUUACUUCGUUGAAAUUUCUGUGGUUAUAAGCAAAGCUUGAAUAUUUUAAUGAGUCAAAUGUAAAGCCUCAGUAAUCCCCCAGUGCAAAUCUCCAACAAAGAACAUUCACGUGUUUAAAUAUUGAUUUCCCUCACAAUGUAAAAAAGUCUCAGAGUGUUUUUUCUCUCUGUUAGUUCAGCUGUUUUCAGAUUGUUUAUUUGCACUUAUUAAAUCAAGCUGCGGGAGCCCCUCAUCACACUGUGAAAACUCUGAAAGAGAGCCAAAGAAAACCAGGUUCAUCUGGGAGCUGUUUUUGAAAUUUCCCUUACAUUGGGACAAGUCUUUAAGUAAAUAACCCCCCCUCCCCCCAGAUCAUCACGGCAACAUUUUGUUAUAUAUGUACGUCUGUGUGUGUGUACAAUACAGGUUCUUGUUGUCAACCCAGCCUUCUUCAAGUAUGUAAAUGAUCGUUGGACGCAAUCCCACGGUCGGUACCCGUCCACCGGCAUGCUGACUUUAAUCUUCGCACUACACACCUGCGACCAGGUAAGAUAGAAAGGGGCGGAGUCAGUGACUUCAUCACGCCUGUAUCUCCCUCAGGUCUGCUGAGGAAGCUACAGGUGUGUAGUUCAUGGAGCUUCUGUUGGCGUGUAACUGGCCUUAAAUGAACUUAAGUAUUGUUCAUGGGUGGUUAACAGUUUAAUUGCUGUGUUUUAGGUCUCUGUGUUCGGCUUUGGGGCUGACAAGCAAGGCAACUGGCACCACUACUGGGAGGAAAACCGCAAUGCUGGAGCCUUCAGAAAGACGGGCGUCCACAGCGCCGACUACGAGACGCAGGUCAUCCGCCUGCUCGCCGAGGAGGGAAAGAUUAGUCUGCACCUGUGACCCAACCACUGACACACACAUACUCACACUCACACACACCUGCUGGUCUACAGACUGACCGACCAGCGAAUCAUGCACCACUUAAUUCUUGAGACCAAUAAGGACGUUCGGCGGGCUUUUCCUUGACGUGUAACUUUAGGGAAAGUCACUUUUAUACUUCGAGUUACCUGUGGACAGAGCUCUGUCUGAGUGGGAGGAGCCAAACAUGCCCCAUCCUAUUAGUGGGUGUGGCUUAUUUUCUCCAUCCUUGUUCCAGAGUUUUUUUUUGGGGACUGCUCACUUUUUAAAGAGACAAACUUUCCCGCCUUUUGCGACUGCGAGGAUCGACCACAGGAGUGAAGCCCUGAGCAGGACACAACCACAGACUUUUUGUACCUUUUUUUAUCGGGUUUUUAGAUGUAAAACAGGGAUAACCUCUUUUUUAAUCAAAGCACUUUUGUCCUGAAGAAGAAGCGGCACAAAAAGGUAAUGUUGCUGCCUCUCUGUCCAAAUGGAUUAAAGGCCUUUUAUUGAGUUUAUAUCAAUUAUAAUCCAUCCAUUCGUUCAAGUGGACUCGUAGAGAAAUCCGUCCUGUUUGGUGGAGGUUUUCUGUUUCAGCUUUCUGUCAUCUGUCAUGAUUAUUUUUGGAGCUGGAGGCAGAAAGUGGGGGGAGCUUCUUAGCCUGUGUUUAAGCAACAGUCUGCAGAUUAUCACUUGUUUUAACUGAGCAUCCAAAAUAGAAUUAUUUAGUUGGUAUUUUAUGUGUUUAAAGUGCAAUUUUCAGAGCAAAUAUGGCAAAACUUCCUAAAUUUACUUCUCUGCAAAGCUGCAGACUGUUGCACCUAAUAGAAAGUCAUGAUGCUAUAAUUGAAGAGUCAAAGACAAGGAGACCAUGCACAACCUGUAAGUCAAGUUUUAUUGAACAUAGUUUCACAAGGAGAGUCAAACAAUCAGCAGCAUCGCUGCUUUGAGUGAUGUACGGAUGAGUGGAAGAUGAAGUGCAUUGUGCUUCGAUAAAAAUAAGGUGCAACCAAAAAGAAAAGAAAACAAACAUAUGAAUGAAGAGACCAGCCAGUCCAGCUGGUUCUGCUGGACGUCGUGUUAAAGGGAGAGGCCGCUGUCUCACCUGUACUGUGAAUGUACAAAAUCUGUUGCUGAUCACCAAUCACAGUUGUCAGAGUGUUUUUGGACUCAGAUUCACAAUGAGGACUUUCACAGAUUUUCACACUGGGUCAGUUUGAGUCUGAACCUGAAGUUUUUUGUCCUUUUAGGGGUUAAAUAGUUUCUGCAGUUGUAAGUUACUGUAUCAUGGCUCUGUUGCAAGCCCUGUGGUAUAUUUAAUAGUUAUUUGCUUGAUUUAUAGUGACAAGAAACCAAUUUCAGAAACCAUAAGUUCUCACGUGACACAGAGCAAUCAUAACUUUGAUAGAUGGGGUUAAGAUUUUCCAUCUAUUAUAUAUUAUCGACAGUUAAACUGGAAGAAGAGCUUUUUAAAAGACCACACACAUCCUCUAUGUAUAGAAAUUCAUGAAGGCCAAAUCAUAAUUAGAUGUCGGAUGGGCUAGUGACACCAACAGAAAGUCUAUCAGUGGCCUGUUGCACCAGCUGUAUGUAGGUUGUGUCGAAAGUGAAGAUUUAAAGUGCAUACCAAAACAGGCAACAUGGAAGUGUAAGGUUUGUCUGCACCAAAAUAUUGCAGUGAUGGUUUCCCUCCAUUUGGCCAAUCGGAGAUGAACACUUCUCUUAAAAGUCCUGUAUAAUGGUGUUUGUGUUGUUCACAACAUGUCCAAGAUAUUGAAUUACAGUUGGACAAAACAUAAUGAAGUUAUUCUUAUGCUGAGUCUAUCUCAGCUUGUGCAUCCUCUGAAAUUCUAGGAGUGCGGAGUAGUUCAAACUAGGACACAUCUAAACUUACACACAGCACCAGUCCAGGUGCUCACCAGAAGUCCUCCAGACCUGAUUUGACCCUCAAAAAAGACAUACAUUUUGGAAAAAUCCAGCUCCACUUUGUCGCUCUACCUUUAAGUUGGUCACUCUCUGAUUUGCCUACAGACUGUGCCUCUGGUGAAGAUUAUUAUUUGUGCCUUUUGUACUGCAUGUUUCCAUUGUUUUCUUGUGUAAGAUGCCACAGAUUGAAGUUUUUCCAUUGUUUAAUGUUUAUAUAUGUUUCAGAUUCAGACCAGCCUGCCAGUGUGAAAUCACUCAGUCUGCUUCAGACAAGCGUCCUAGUACAACCUCUAAAGGCUGAGAUUAAAACCAUGCAUAUGGAUAUUUUUUAAAGUGAUUUUUCUCUUAAAGUUUUGGCCUCUUGUCCAAACAGAGUUUUAGGUCACUGGGUCAGGUCUCUUUCUGUACACUGGGGCACCACUGGAAACAGAACAGAUUAGGGAGGGAAACAAGGAAAAGAUUACACAAGGCUCUUUGAGGUUUGAUGAAUUACUAAAUGCCACAUGGACUACAUUCUUGGAAAUGUACAGAAAUUGAAUGCAUGUGUGAGGGUAAACGGCUGAAUCAGUUCCCUCCCACUCUAAGUAGACUUCUCUGUCUGCUCUGCAGUAAAAACAAAGUCGUAUCAUGAGAAGAGAAAGUCAAAGUUUUAAGUUAAAACAUUUUAAGUGUUGCUAUUUUUAGAGAGAGAUUAGAGGAGCAGACUGAGGCAAAAUGAGGAAUGUGGAGUGUUUUGUGAAAUAAUGCAUAAAAGUUUCAUAAGAAGCUGAAAACCUAAAUCUUGUAGCACAUCAGCGACACAGCAUCAUAAUAUCAGAGUUUGGAAUCUGAAUUGUGAAAGAAAAUUAUCAGUUAUUAAAAAAAGGCAAACUAACAGGAAGCUGGUGCUGUGUGUGAGUUUACGUCCAUGAGAUAAUCUGUGUUCCUCAUUUUGAACCAACCAGUAUGUGACUUUAGCCUGAAAUUAUAGCUUCACUAUAAACUGUAAUUAUGUUUCAUUCAUAACGUGACAAAUCUAUUCUUUUUAUAUCACAACUUUAAUCUCAUAAUAUUCACAACUUAACCACAACAUUUAAUUAAUGUGGUAUUAAUUCUGAAGAUUUUUGUAACACUGAUGUAAUAUUUGCACUUUUUUUCUCCUGAUAGCAUGAGUUUGUUAUUGCAAUCACAUAACUUUUCAAUUUUAACUAUUUGGUCUUCAUUUUAUUGCAACUUUAUUCUUAUAAUAUUACAAUUUUAUUGUUGUAAUGUUUACAACUUAACUUUCAGUUUUUCCUCUCCAUACUACAACUUUACUCUCUUAAUAGUACGGCCUUAACCUGACACUGCUGGGACUUCACUCAUUCUCUUAAUAUAGACAUCCUAACUGCAGUUUUCUUAUCUUGAUACUAUAACUCUACUCCUGUAGUAUAAUACAUAGUUGUAGUUAAUUUCCUGCCAGAAAUGGCAGUUGCUCCUCCACAGUCAAUUUAGCCACUUAAAACUAUAUUUCUUCACCUUAACAUAAAUUUAUGAAGGGUUAUAAAGGCAGUGAACUCCAAAAAAUGUCACAAAAAUAAGUAGGGUUAAGAGUUUUUAUACCAGGCUGUAAAUAUGUUAAUUUCUGCUGUAAAGAGGGCCUUAUGGUACAGACUCUCUGGAGAUUUACUCUCUUUAAGAGCCAUUCUUGGUAGACCAGUACAAGAGCUGCAGUUUUUCCCACUUCUCAGAGGAGUCCACGCAAGAAAGAAGCUCAAGUUUAGCUAGCUUUUAAAACCGCUGACCAGUGUGUGUGUGUGUGUGUGUGUGUGUGUGUGUGUGUGUGUGUGUGUGUGUGUGUGUGUGUGUGUGUGUGUGUGUGUGUGUGUGUGUGCGCAGUUUUAAGAUCAGUUUUAUCAAAUAUCCAUAUGUGUGUGUUUAAAGUCUGAGUGUGUGCAACAAGUGCCUUUCUUUCAGCGCUGAAGGAUGACAAAGUGAGCGCACUUUCAGACAGUGUUUCCUCAAAGAGAUUAAAAAGGUCAGCUGUCUGAAAGAGAGCUUUCAGACACUGUUAGAUGAUCCCCCUGCGCUCCGUUUGAAGCAGACUGAGGCCUCUAUAAAUAAUCAGAAAUGCUGAAUCAUCAUGUGGAGGCUGCUGCUCUGCCUGUACUUCGACUCUAACCCUUUCUAAAUGUCUUUAAAAUCCCUCACUAUAAACUGGGGUUUAAUCGGAAACAUCUGCUGCUUGUUUUUGUAGUUUUUCCAUUCACUGCUGAGGUUUAACUCUUUGUUGGUUUGCUGGGAGAAACUUCCUGCUGGUAAACUGGGAAAUUAUCCACUUUAUGGGGAAUGUAAAGUCUCUUAAUGACAGAGCAGCAGCCCUCCUAAGCUGGACGCAACAUCUGGAUGCAACAUAUUGGAAUUUACAGACACAGUUAUAGAUUCCUGGCACUGAAGAAAUGAAGUUUGUUGUGAGUUUAAACCCAAAGUUGUGCUUUGUAGACUUCCUGCACUCUGAAUAUGUGGAGAUUUCAAUCAAGAAUCCAUACAGCUGCAGAUUCAAUCAAAUCAACCAAUCAGCUGCUGGCUUUUACCCAGCGAGGUUUUUUUUUUUUUCAUUCUGUAGAGUUAGAGCUGACCAAACAAGCUGUAAGUCUGAUGUCUGUUCAGUUAUCAUAGCUUUAAUUCAACUCAUCAUGAUUAAACUGUGACUCUGUUUGAUAGAAACGGCACUGUCAGUUAACACAGAUCCUGCUGAUCAUCACUUCAUUCCUUCAUUCGUGGUUACAAACAGUGAUAUUCACUGUGGUAUUUUUACAACAUGAACCCACCGCCUUUACUUUGAAUGAAAUAAAUAAUUAUCAAACAAAA